GGCAUAUCUCAGAGAAGACACAGCUUUACUGAAGGCGUAGACACACCUGCUUUUGGCUACAUAUAACUUUUAUUUUUGUCGGUGUAUGGGAUCUGAUAAUAGUAGAUCGCGGGAUGGCUAACAAGCCCUUCCGAGCCACAUACAUAUGGAGCAGCAUCAUCAGCCACCUUCAGACGCAGGUGGAGGUGAAACGGAGGCGACACAACCUCAAGGCCUACGAUGACUGCUUCCUGGGUUCGGAGGCAGUGGACGUCAUCCUGGAAUACAUUAAUCACAACAAGAUCUUCGGCGACGAUGAGAUUCCCCGGGCAAAGGUGGUGCGUGUGUGCCAGGCCCUCAUGGAAUACAAGGUGUUUGAGCCAGUGGGCACCAGGGGGUUUGGGAAGGAUAAAAAACAACCCACGUUUGAAGACAGUAGCUGCAGCCUUUACAGGUUCCUCAAUGUACAGAACCACUCCACGGACAAUCAAGAAAAUGGAUGUGACUCCCCUGUUGAUCCAAAGAUUUUUUACAGAAUGCAUGCAAGAAGGAAAGAAGAGCCAGUGUGUUUGAAAUCCUUGCCUCUCAAACCUGGUAAAUCUUUGGAGAACCUCCUGGAAAAUAAUGUGAAUUCAACAGACAUCCAACAAAUGAAGGUGCACACUGAACUAUCACAAACAGUGGUGAAUGAAGUAUGGUGGGAGCAGACCGUCCUCAGACUACUGCAGCUGGUGGAGCUCCCCCUGCUGGACAGCCUCUUAGAGAGCAGGGAAAGCCACCAGCCUUCACUGCGCAGUAUGGACAGUGACCCCGACCUGCUCUACACCAGCAACUACCUGGACCGCGAGAUCCUCAAGGCCUUCAGUGACUCACAGGCAGACGGCUGGAUCUCGGCUGCUGUGGAUUGUGUGGAGUUCCUCCCGGAUCAACUGGUGGUGGAGGUCAGCCGGGGCCUGCCCAAAUGCACAGACACCCCUCAGUGCAAGUGUCUGCUCUUCGAGGUCCUGGAGAAGCACUACAGCCAGGCCCACCAUCCCAGCCUGCUCUCAGCCCACCUGUUCGACAUCCAUACCAGUAUCACAGACCUGCUGGUGAACGGGAAGAUGGAGCAGGCUCUGGAGGCCUUGCAGCUGAGCCUGAAUCUGCUGGACUCGCGCAGCCAGGAGGAGUUGCGCAGGCUGCUGUGUUUCAUGUCAGCGGCCGCAGACUCCCGCGAGGUCCGACUGCACAAAGAGAUUGAAAACAGGAUGGCAGUGAAAAGGGCCUUUUCCAGAGCGAUCGUCCACAACGGAAAACACCUGGCAAAGGGGAAGGUGGACCUACUGGUGCUGUUUAUGAUGGACAAUCAUCUCGACAUCUUCAAGAUUCCAGGGACCUUGCACAAAUUGGUCACCAAUAAACUAGAAAACAUCAGAAAUGGGAAAGACCCAGAUACCACAACAGGUACAGCCCUACAGCAACCAACAGGUCCUUCCUUCUGUCAGCGAGUGACGGGCAAAGCAUGCAGGGAUAGCGUUCAGAAAACCACCGAGGGCGAGUUGUUGGUGCUGCUCAGGACGGUCCAUGAAAACCCAACAUUGACUUCCAAAGAGAAAAAACGAUUACUGGGGCAGUUUUACAAAAGCCAUCCAGAAAUCUUUGUACAGUAUUUAGGAAAUAGAAUGUCGACUAUUGAUGUGUAAUUGUACUUGUUUUAUAUGUUGUAUUAGUACCUGCUGUAAAUGUUGUAAAGUGUUUUAUGCAAAGAUGUGAAUGUGAAAAGACUUGAAUAAAUGUGAAUAAAUGUGUUUUUACUUGCUUUUUA